AUAUUUCAAACUGUGACUGUCGUAGUUCGUAAAAUGUUUAUAAACAAAAUACGGAGACUUCACGAUGUUUGCUAGGGGAAUUCUCAGAUUUCGUAAAGUAAAUUACAAAUUAUUGCAACAAAGAAAUAAAUAUGUGGUUUUAUUGCCAGAAAUUCCUACUGAUACUGCAGAAACUAAUCCCCUUUUGCGGCCUAAUGAGCUCCCACCAUUUAGCCAGCUAACUGUAGAAAAGUGUGUAAAUGCUGUGGGAAAGCUUGUGAUUGAAUAUGAGUCAAGUAUUCAUGACCUAGAUCAAAGGCUUUAUAAUGAUGGGUUUCAGAGAAAUGUCGAAAAUAUUAUUUUGCCUUUAGAUAAACUGUCUGGUCAGUUGGACUAUGCUUGGGGUGCUUUUAAAAUUCUGUAUACAGUUCAUAGAAAUGAAGACCUAGCGAAAUCUUAUAUAAAAUUACACUCCAGAAUUAUAAAGGCCAAGCGGGAAAAGUACUUUAGCCCUUCCUUGUAUCAAGCAUUUAAAGAAUUAAAAGAUAAUGAAGCUCAGCUUCUCGAAUCAGUAAGGAGGAUAACUGAUAAACAUUUAUUGGAAUCUCAUUUUUCUGGUAUACAUUUACCUGAUGGUCCAUAUAAUCAUUUUCAAAGUGCCAUGCAAAAACUUGAUGAGCAGAGAGUAAUUUAUAGAAAAAAGUUGUUUGAAACAACAUCUAAGUUCUCUCAUGAUUUGCAAUUCAACGAUGUAGUUAAUUUCCCACCUAAUAUUCUUCAAAUUUUUGCUGCUGACAAAACUAGUCCUUCCAAAGGUCCUUGGACUGUAACUCUAGAGCCAAAUGUUUAUAGAGCGUUCUUAGAGUAUUGUGAAAAUAGUACAUUAAGGUGGAAUGUAUGGAAUGCUUAUAAUACAAGAGCUACUUCUAUAUCAGGAAUGGAUAACAACAACAGUGUAACUGUUGAAGAAAUUAGACAUCAAAGGAAAGAAUUAGCCACAAUUUUAGGUUUUAAAUCAUAUGCAGAGUUUUCCAUGCAAACUAAAAUGGCAGGGACCAUAGAAAAUGUAAUGGAAAUGAUCACAACACUUCAUGUUAAAAGCAAACCAAAGACUUUUCAGGAAUUAGAUGAACUACAAACAUUCGCUAACAAAAAUGGCUUUCCAGAUAAAUUAGAACUCUGGGAUGUCCCAUAUUUUCAACGAUUGCAGAGAGAAGAACUAUUUAAUGUUGACGAUGAUGUGGUUCGUCAGUUUUUCCCGUUUCCUUCUGCAAUAAAAGGGCUUUUCCAAUUGUGCCAACUUCUGUUUAAUGUGACAAUUCAGGAAGUAAAAGGUGGUAUUGAUGUAUGGCAUGAAGAUGUCUCAUUUUAUCAAGUAUUAAAUGAACAGGGUAAAGAACUAGCAUCAUUUUAUAUGGAUCCAUAUUUUAGAGGUGCAGAAAAAAUUCAAGGCUCUUUAAUUGAAAUUGGUAGAAGUCGAAGUGAUGUUAUUGGGUCCAAACCUCUUUCAUAUUUGGUUUUCAAUUUUCAGGCGCCUGCUUUUGGAAAGCCAUGUUUAUUAUCCUUUGAAGAUUUGAAAAAUUUAUUUCAAAAAUUUGGACAUCUACUUCAACAUUCCUUGACAACCAUUCCUUAUUCAGAAGUAGCUGGCCUUACCAAUUUGGAAUGGGAUGUUGUUAAUGUUUGCCCAAUGGUAAUGAACUCUUUCCUAAAGCAUCAUAGUGUUAUUUCCAGACUCAGUAGCCAUGUUGAUUCUGGAAAACCUUUACCUCCUGCUUUACAUCAAGAACUUAUAAAACGGGAAAACUAUAUGAGUGGUUUGCAGCUAACUGACGAGCUGUUCCUCUCUGCUCUUGAUUUGGAACUCUAUAGCAGAAAUGAUUUUUGGCUGGAAAUUACGAAAGAAGUUUGGAAAAAGUAUAUGCCUUUAGACUAUCCGAAAGAUAUCAAACCAGCUAAACCUUGCUCUUUCCCAGAAAUAUUUAGUGAACAAUAUCCUGCUGCAUAUUUCUCCAACUUAUGGGCGAAAAUGAUUGCUGCUGAUCUGUUCAAUGCAUUUGAAGAAGCUGGACUUGAAAAUCCUGAAAAUAUGAAGCAAAUAGGCAAAAGAUUCCGAGACACGUAUUUAUCUCUUGGAGGUGCUUGCCAUCCUGGAGAAGUAUUUAGAAAAUUUAGAGGCCGAGAUCCAAGCAUAGAUGCUUUAUUGGAUGACUUAGACUUAACAAAUUGCAAAAUAAAUAAACAGAUCUAAUUACAGAUUUUAACCAUAGACUUUUUAACAAAACGAAAUAUUGGAAAAGUACUAUUUUUUUUUCAAUAAUUAAAGAUGUAAUAUUGUGACUUCCUAAUAUAGUGUUAAGAAACUUUUGUGUAAAUAAAAAUUUUAAAUUAUGUAGA